GUGCGGUUGCUGCGGCAGUCCGUGAGUAUUCCCCCGCCCCGCCCGCCAUCUCCCGCUCGACGCGCGAACCCCCGACCCCGAACCCCCCGCGGCUCCCACGCGAAGGCGGGUUGCGCUCGCCAGCACGCGCGCAGUCUGACCGGGGGCGUCAACGGUUUCCACGCGCGCCCGUCGUCGCGGGGGCGCCGCGCGCGGUCCGCAUCGCGCCGCGCCGCCGCGCGCGCGGCUCCUCCCGCGCGGUCGUCCCACGAAUCCACCGCGCGCUACGAACCCGUCGAGCGACGCGCGACGCUCGCGCCGUGCGGAUCACCCCGCGUCGCCCGGCGGAGACGCGCAACCCUCCUCGCGUUUCAACCCAGAUAUUUUUUUCAAAUCAAACCCGCCAGCCGUUCGCGCCGGGAGACUGACGAACCGAUCCCCGACCGCCCCGAAUCGAUCCAGCCCCGUGGACGAGGCCGCCACCGGCGAUGACGUCAUGAACAGGAACCGUCGAUGCACCGACGUCCUCUUCCUCCUCCUCUACGUCGCGUUCAUGAUUGUGUUUUUCAUCAUCGGCAUCGUCGGCUUCACCGGCGGCGACCCGCGCAUCUUACUCUACGGCACCGACUACGAGGGCAACCUGUGCACGGAGGAUUUACCGGUCCGCUACUGGGUCAACCCGCUCGAGAUAUACGAACUCACGCAGGCGACGCACACGUACGACAUGAAGGACGUCAAGUCCAUCUGCCUGAAGGACUGCCCCUCCACGGGCGCGUCUGGACUGAACUGGGUGUGCAACUAUCCCGACUCGGUGGACGGCCGCGGAUACGCGGGCAUGACGCGCGCGGAGUGGGCCGCCAACAACUACGACUACUACUCCUCACUCAGCGCCGAUCUCAAGAAGGAUUCGCUGAACAACAAGGGCCCGUGCUACCCCGUGCUCCUGCCCACCGUCAACAACUACGAGUCGUGCACCUAUUACGGCAACAGCUCAGCCACCGCCGUCACGGCGCUGGGUGUGGAGCACGUGAAUAACGGAUGCACGGCGUCAACCUGCGAUUACGAGCUGCUCGCAGUCGGACCCAUGGUCGCGACGCUCUCUUCCACGGUCAGCGACUUCCUCUCGACCCCGAUGGCCACGUUUGAGCGAUACAUCGACGACUUUUCGCAGGCGUGGGUGGUCCUCCUCGUCAUGGGCUUCAUCGCCCCCGUGGUUCUCUCCUUCGUCUGGAUGGGAGUCCUGCGCUACUUCACCGGGCUGUUCGCGUACCUCAUCAUUUUCAUGGUCAACGCCAUGGCGAUCGUGUGCACGCUCUACCUGUACAUGAAGGCUGGCGUCAUCGGCUCCGAUCAGGUCACCGCCUAUGUCGGCACCGACAUGGGCGAAAACCUGGAGGGAUACACCGACCCGUCCGAGGAUAACCAGGAGGUGAUGAAGUACUGCGCGCACGUCGCGCUCGCCAUCACGAUCAUCCUCUUCCUCUUCACGCUGCUCAUGCUCAAGCGCGUGCGCACCGCGGUGGCGGUGAUCAAGGUUGCGACGCAGGCCAUCGGCGGCGCUCCCAGCGUCGUAUUUUUCCCCCUCGCGCCGGUGUUGGCGUCGCUGCUCUUCGGCGCGUGGUGGAUCGCCGCGGGGAUCUACAUCUACUCGUCGGGCGAGAUAAAGCAGCAGACGUGCACGUUGGAGGCGGACAAGGCUCCGAUGAAGUACUGCGCUAACCAGACGGCCGUGCCCAACGCGAACUGCCACUGCGGCUACGAGUCCGUCAUGGACGAGUCUCUGCAGUACACGCUGCUGUACCACCUCUUCGGCCUGCUCUGGACCACGCAGUUCUUCCAGGCGAUGUCGUUCCUCACCCUGGCGUCGGUGUUUGCCACCUACUACUUCCGCGGCGGAUCCUACGGCAGCUCAAUCUCCGGCUGGAUCAACACUCCCGUGAUUCAAGCGUUUCGCAAGAUGUCGUGGUUCCACGCCGGCUCAGCCGCGUUUGGCUCGUUGCUCGUCGCCAUCCUGCAGUUUAUCCGCAUCAUCGUCGCGUACAUGGUGCACCAGCUCAAGAAGGCUGGCAAGGACAACCUCCUGGUCAAGUACGCCGCGUGCUGCGUGCAGUACUGCCUGUGGUACCUGCAGAAGAUCAUCGAGUGGAUCAACCGCAACACGUACAUCCUCAUCGCCAUCGAGGGCAAGUCGUUUUGCGCAUCCGCGAUGGAGGCUCUCUCGCUCAUCUUCAACAAUCUCGCCACCGUCGGAGCCGUCAACGUCAUCGGCGACGUCCUGCUCUUCCUCGGCAAGCUCUCGGUGUCGCUCACGUGCGGCGUUCUCGCGUUUCUCUACCUCGACGACGAUGCUUACGCCACCGGAGACAACAAGGUGUCCUCGCCGCUCCUCAUCGUCAUCUUCUGCAUCAUCUUCGGGUUCGUCAUCGCCGGACUGUUCAUGUCCGUGGUGGAGAUGGCCAUCGACACGACGCUGCUGUCGUUCUGCAAGGAUUGCAAGCUUCACGGAGGCAAGCCCAGGUACGCGCCGCCGCUGCUGGAGCAGGUGCUGGGCAAGUUUGAGACAAAGGCGGAGAAGGAGGCCAAGAAAAAUAAGGCGUAAACCCACAGACGCCAAAUGACGCGAAGAGGAAGAGGCGCCAAAAAGAACUGUCACUUUUCGGGCUUUUUGAGGGCGCGCCGCCGCAGAGAAAUCCACGGCUGCGGAUUCUCUCGAUUUUGGAUUGCGAUUCGGUGACUGGAUCGGUGUCUCUGAUCCGGUUGAAAUGCCAAAUAGCGAUUUAACCGUAAACUCGUAAAACGCGUGUCAGUCUUUCAUACU